CGUGGAGUCCUCCGGAAGUCCGGAUCGAUCUGGGGAUUUCGCACGCAGUGCUCCCGAACGGAAGCCAACACGGUGCGACCGCCGCCGAGAGCAUCCUCUCCCGAUUUCUCCACGACCUCGCACCCGCGAUCCAGCGGCCACGCCCACCUCUCCCACACCGCGGCCUGCCCCAGCCAGCCAACCUCCCCCGACGCCUCCCCCAACGCCCGGAUCGAGACCCAUCCUCCCCCGACAGCGCCCCCCGUCCGGAUCGGGCAGCUGGUCUUGUCGGUCGCGCGAUUCUUCCGAGCGGCGACGGGAGGCAAGCUGCAGAGGAGGGAGACGUGGAAGGAAAAGAGGAGCCUGAGGCCGUCAACGCAAAACAGUCGGUUAACAUACCUUGAAGUUGAGAUUACCUAAUUGGAACAAUGCCUCCUCAUAAGAUAGAGACUGGACACCAAGAUGUGGUGCAUGACAUCGCCAUGGAUUACUAUGGGAAACGCCUUGCUACCGCAUCCUCUGAUAACACAAUAAAGAUCAUUGGCGUAAGUGGCACCUCGCACCAGCAACUUGCUACUUUGAGUGGACACCAGGGCCCAGUUUGGCAAGUCACGUGGGCUCAUCCUAAGUAUGGUUCCAUGCUUGCAUCCUGCAGCUAUGAUGGGCGGGUUAUCAUAUGGAAAGAAGGGAGCAAGCCUGAUGAGUGGGCACAGGCACACACUUUUGCUGAGCACAAGUCGUCUGUAAACUCCAUUGCUUGGGCACCUCACGAGCUCGGCCUAUGCUUGGCUUGUGGUUCAUCUGAUGGGAACAUCUCAGUCUUCACAGCUCGUUCUGAUGGAGGGUGGGAGACGACACGCAUUGAUCAGGCUCAUCCAGUGGGUGUGACAUCUGUUUCCUGGGCUCCAGCAAUGGCGCCGGGUGCUCUAAUCAGCCCAGGGCCCUCUGGACAGUUUGAGUAUGUGCAGAAACUUUCUUCUGGUGGUUGUGACAACACAGUCAAGGUGUGGAAGCUCACCAAUGGGAAUUGGAGGAUGGACUGCUUCCCUGCCCUUCAGAUGCACAGGGACUGGGUGAGAGAUGUUGCCUGGGCUCCAAACCUAGGUCUCCCAAAGUCCACAAUCGCCAGUGCCUCUCAGGAUGGAACUGUUGUUAUCUGGACUGCGCCGAAAGAAGGCGAGCAGUGGGAAGGCAGAGUUCUGAAUGAUUUUAGAACCCCUGUUUGGCGGCUGUCGUGGUCGCUGACUGGGAACAUACUGGCAGUCUCUGAUGGCAACAACAAUGUGACCCUGUGGAAAGAAGCUGUGGACGGUGAAUGGCAGCAAGUGACUACCGUUGAGCCAUAGAUGUCUGUUCUUACUCUCGCUGUGUUAACUGUUAUCAUAACAUAUGUAGUUUCACUUAUGGUACUUUCUAUGGCUUUGCUUAAAAAUACAGAUCCGUUCUGUAAGUGCUAUGAAGUUGCUUCUGUAGGAGAGAGCAGACAUGCUUUUGUCUCGGAUAGGAGCAGAAAACUAGAACUUGUUAUCCCAAAUGCGUGGUAUGGUGUCCAAUGCUGAACCGUUAUUUUUGCCAUAUUGUUUAUGUUGGAUCAUACUCCCUCCGUUUCAUAUGUUUCAUAUUAAUAUUAAGUGAUUUUCUAUUA